CCCGAGGGGCGAGGCCCGAGGCGGCCCCGGAGUGGACGGGGCUACGAAGUGGUGGCGAAAGAGAGCGAAGUCUGUGCAGGACGGAGAGCGCCUACCCAAGGCAGGAACAGCCCAGAGCCGGCUGAGGCAUCUGCGGCCGGCCUGGGGACAGCGGCUGCAGCCGGUGAGGACAGAGGUCCUCCGGAAAAGUGAGAGCAGGCGUUUGAGGGUGGGCGCCGGGGCGCCAGUGGCUGCUUUUACUCAUCUUUGGGUCUCCGGAUCCUCUGGGGCUGGGUUGCGCUGCUUGGUGAGUGCCCCAUCCCUCUAGAGGACCAGCCCAAGGCCCUUCAGACUGCCCAGGAGCGGCGGUGGUCAUGGUGAAUGAAGGUCCCAGCCAGGAGGAGUGCGAUGACACCCCGGUGCAGCCCUGCGACUUGGUCCAGGGGGACCCCAGCAUCUCCAUCCACCCUAGCGUCUCCGUCUACCCUAGCAGCUCGGCCCAUCCCAGUACCUUGGCCCACCCCAGUACUUUGGUCCAACCCAGUAGCUCGGGGCCGGAGGACCUCAGCGUGAUCAAAGUGAGCAGGUGGCGUUGGGCAGUGCUCCUGGUGUUUAGCUGCUACUCCAUGUGCAACGCCUUCCAGUGGAUCCAGUAUGGCUCCAUUAAUAACAUCUUCAUGAGCUUCUACGGGGUCAGUUCCUUCGCCAUCGACUGGCUGUCCAUGUGCUACAUGGUGACCUACAUCCCUCUGCUCCUGCCCGUUGCCUGGCUGCUGGAGAAGUACGGUCUGCGAACCAUCGCUCUCACCGGCUCCGCUCUCAACUGCCUGGGGGCCUGGGUGAAGCUGGGCAGCCUGAAGCCCCACCUCUUCCCGGUCACCGUGCUGGGCCAGGUCAUCUGCUCCAUGGCCCAGGUCUUCAUCCUGGGCAUGCCCUCCCACAUUGCUUCGGUCUGGUUCGGGGCAGAUGAAGUUUCAACAGCCUGCUCCGUGGCUGUCUUUGGUAAUCAGCUUGGAAUUGCAAUUGGGUUCUUGGUACCUCCUAUUUUGGUACCCAAUGUCAACGACCAGGACAAGCUUGCCUACCAUAUCAGCAUCAUGUUCUUCAUCAUAGGAGGUGUGGCCACUCUCCUCUUCAUUCUGGUCAUCAUUGUGUUCAAGGAGAAGCCUAAACACCCCCCUAGCAGGGCCCAGUCCCUAAGCUAUGCCUUGACGUCCACUGAUGCUUCAUAUUUCAGUUCCAUUGUCCGGCUCUUCAAAAACCUCAACUUUGUGCUGCUUGUCAUCACCUAUGGUCUGAAUGCUGGAGCUUUUUAUGCCCUAUCCACUCUACUGAAUCGAAUGGUGAUCUUCCAUUACCCGGGGGAAGAAGUGAACGCUGGACGGAUCGGCCUAACCAUCCUCAUUGCAGGAAUGUUUGGGGCUAUGAUUUCAGGCAUUUGGCUUGAUAAGUCCAAAACCUACAAGGAGACAACCCUGGUGGUGUAUAUCAUGACUCUGGUGGGCAUGGUGGUCUACACAUUGACUUUGAACCUGGGACAUCUGUGGGUAGUGUUCGUCACUGCUGGCACGUUGGGCUUCUUUAUGACUGGCUAUCUCCCGCUGGGGUUCGAGUUUGCCGUGGAGCUCACAUACCCAGAAUCGGAGGGCAUGUCGUCUGGCCUCCUCAACGUGUCUGCACAGGUAUUUGGAAUCAUCUUCACCAUCUCCCAGGGCCAGAUUAUUGACAACUAUGGAACCAGGCCUGGGAACAUCUUCCUGUGUGUGUUCCUUACCCUUGGCUCAGCCCUCACUGCUUUCAUUAAGGCAGAUCUCCGGAGGCAAAAGGCAAACAAAGAAAUUCCUGAGACUGGCUGCCUGCCUGCUUUGCCUUACAGAAAGCCCAGGAGGAGGAAGAGGAGGAGGACAGUAACACCAGCACAGCACCCACUGUCAUAACGGAGGUCCAUCUCUGACAGCCAGAGGUGGCAGCGACUCAGGGAACACGAACAUCCCACCUCUUCACUUACCCCAGCUCUCACUGCCACCGCAGGUCUUCAUUGGAGAAGCUUUUGGAGGGAAUCAGCUGAAAUAUUUGUGGCUUGCAUGGCAGUGCCUAUGCCUCCGGGAACCCCAUAAGAGCUUGGUGGGUACCUUCCAUCGAAUGCAGACUGGAUUCCCGCCCCCUCCGCCUUUGAGGAGCUCGAGGGUGGCAGUGUUGGGCAGGGCUGGUGGAUGGUACUGGAGUCAUCCUGUCUUGGCCGCUGGUCUUCCCUUAUCAUCUUUACCCUCAUGGAGAAAAUGUGUAAAAUUAUCACAGGCAGAAAGCUUAUUCAGGAUAUGAACUUUUUCCUAGUGUCUUAGGGCCUCACCUGAAGCCCAUUUCUAAGGAAAGGCAAGUGGCUCCGCCUUCUUUCUGCGUUCCUAAGUCAUCAGAGGGACUGUUCAACAGCCUCACAGGGUAACUCCCUUAGGACCCUUGGCCCCAGCUGGAAUCUGUCUAAUUUUGGGAUCUAUCUCCGUAUUCUCCUAGGAGCUGAUCAGACCAAACGUCAAUAAACUUGACCAAUAUUUUGUUGUGGCCAUGCCGAAGGAACUGACUGGGGAGGGGUGACUACCUUGAGGUGGUAUGGGAAGGUAGUUUUCCUACAAAAGCAGUUCUUGUCCAGGUACGUCAGUGUGUCCUUGGCCACUCCAUACGCCCUCAUCUGGACACUGCACUGGGACACUCAGCCAUCAGCCUAAGUGCGUGUUUUAUCCCAAGGGAGCAAUCACAGCCAACUUCACCCUCAACUUCACUGAAAAUCCGCUCUGACAAGUCCAAGGCUGCUGCUGAGAGAUGAAAGAACAGGGCUAGGAGGAAAGGUGCUUCUUGAAAUGGGUAUUGAGUCUGCUUGAACUGAACAUAUCCCACCUCCGGCGGGGACAGCAUUUGCACACCCACCCCCUCUCCCACCUCCUGCUAGCUAUAGUCUGGGUCAGAUAUUCUAAAGUUAAAAGGAUCCCCUUUAACCAACAGAAGCUGGCCUGCUUUCCUGCCUGGCCUGCUGUCUGGGUCUUCUCUCAGGCAUCAGUAGCAUCUCCUGAAACAAGAAGAGUUUAGGGAUUUUUCCUGUGCAUCGAGCAGCUGUGACACGACCACUGUGCUGUCUGGCUUUGGCCACGGUCCUGGCCUCAAUGUCAUCAGAACAGCCUGGCCUGGCUGGGUGCUGCUGGUAGCCCGGGGGGACAAGAUCAGUGUAUUUGUGUACAGAGCUAAGCAAGGGAUGGGAUGCUGUGUAUGUAAUAAAAGAAGUCUACUCUUGUGGCGAAGGGGGGGUUGGGGUAGAAGGGAGCUGUGCCUCACUUUUUGUCAGGAGACAAAUAUUUAUUCUUCAGUCCCUCAAAAUAUUUUAAGAGCGUGUUUACUGAAUCCAGGGCUUUAUUUUAAAAACGCAAGUUGUAGUUUCUAUUUGUGAUACCAAUUUUUGAGGCAAUAAAGGGUUCCUAAAGUG